ACUGUGUGUCUGAAAUUCGGCUAGCAAAUUUUUUGACAAGUCUCUGGUUCCUGCUGAGGGUUGGCGGAAUUUGUAUCCUAAGUUAUUUCUCUUCUACAACCAUUCUGGAGAUGAAUCAGGUUGGGUGACUUUGCUGGUGGCUGAACUUCACAAAAUUCUGUUUUUAAAUCCAAAUGUAGUUUCACAAUCGCAAUGGAUUUAAUAGAUAGUGGAGAUUUUAUUCGUGGAAUGGCAUCACACAUGGCUUUUCUUGCUGCUUUGCAAGAACAUCAAAUAGAAGAUACAGAACAGUUUGAUGACCCAUCUCAAGACCAAGACGAAACUCAACCCAGUGAUCAUCUUCUGCUCAAACUUUCGCCAUUCUUUGACAGCGGCAGUCUAAGUGACAUCACUUUGAUGGUUGGGUCAAGCAUCUUCCAUGCCCAUAAACUGAUCUUAUCUUCAUGGAGUCCAGUAUUCAAGGAGAUGUUACUCAAGAGGUCAAACUCAGACGAGCCACAUGUCUUGGAGGACGAUCAAGAAUAUGAGGUGAUCUUCUCUGACUUUUUAAAGUUCAUGUAUACAGAGACAAUUGAGAUCAGUAAAGAUACUGUCUAUUCCUUUAUCAAGCUUUCUAAGAAGUAUGAAGUCGAUGAGAUUUGUGAGCUGUGUGAGGAAUUUCUUAUAGGAGAGGUUUCCAAUGACACUAUAGCCCUCCAAACACUUACAGAUGCUGAAGAGUUUGGAUUUACCAAGAUGUAUGAUCACUGUUUCAAGUUCCUUGAAACAAACUUUUUUCACCUAUCCGAUUCCUCUUUACAAAAGAUGGGUCCGAGUUUGUUUCUUAAGAUGUUGGAGAGCUCCGACCUGGUUGUGCUAAGUGAAAGGCAUCUUUUCAAUCAAGCUGUUGAUUGGCUUUACACAGGUGGUCAUGACUAUGAUAAGUACACUAAGGAAGUCAUCUCCAAGAUUCACUUUACCCAUAUGUCCUCCUUAGAUCUCUGUUCACUUAAAAGAGGAAUUACAGCUCCCGCUGUUAUGUCUGAUAGGUCACUGCAGAUCCAAAGUUCACUGAAUGAUUCAGGUCUUCAAGAUUCAAUUCAUGACGCUUUUGAGUGGAAAGCUCUUGUAUCUGAGGAAAAAGAAUUAAGUCUUCUUCCAUGUGACACAAAAAGCACCUUAUCUAAAAAACAUUGUGUUGAACCUCGUAUUUGCAUCUCGGGGCCUGUCAGUAGUAACUAUCAGCAUCUGAGUUUGUCAGGAAAAAAAACCCAAAGCGUUGAGUUUACUUGUUACUAGUGUGUCUGCUUAUGACA